AUGAGCCGUAUAAGUCGGUUGUUAACAGGAACCGGGUUGAGUUCGAGUGAGGUAACGGAUCCUCCACUAACACCAUCUUUGCUAAAAGAUCUGUUCUUUCGGUUAGCAGCUAGGAGAAGAAGUUGGAUGGGUUUGGGUGAUGCUAGAAAGAGAAGAGAGUCAUUAGAUCCAUCUAUGGUUAAGAAUCAUGUUCAUGACAUGAAACUACAUGUUUCAAGUACAAGAAGUUAUCCUGCUGCUUCUCCUUCUCUUUCUGUGAGGAGCUGUGGAGUGAUAGAGGAGAAUUCAAGUGGUAGAACAAGAAGAAGAGAUGGUGUGGCUUCACCAUCUCCAAAGUGGGCUAAAAGCUUAAGCUAUGGUAGUGGAACUGGAAGUAGUAAGAGUAAGAGCCUUCUUCUUCCACCUAGACGCAACACCCUUCUUGAAUCCUCAGAUUCUAUCUCAAGGAAAAGAAGAUGGAAAGAGACAGAGAUUCUCUGGAACUCACUUCCUCCCAAAGUUGUUAACCUUACUGAUAGCUUUUUGAUCAAGAAAUCAGUUUGA